UCUCUCCAUGGCUGGGCUAUAAGCUAAGGCUUGCACAUAAAUAUAAAUAGAAGCAUUUUCAGCAUCAAUUAAUGUAUGGGCCUGAUUCCUAGUAGAUCAUACAUUUCAUUUAUAUCAGAUCAAAUCAUACUAAGCUUGUCCAUGGCUUACACAAGCAGUAGCCUCUACAGCUCUUCCCUAGCUUGGGAUUCUCAUAACAACCACCUUGGACUUGUCAACAACACAGACAGAAUGUCUUUAGCUAUGGAUGAGUACAUGAUGAUGACGAUGAUGAUGAAGGCACCGUGUUGCUCACCUCCACUGGUAGAUCAGUCAGAUUUCUCAACGGGGUACUUGGAAGAUGCUUUGCUUGAAUUUAGCGAGCCUUCCAAAAGAAGACGGGUGCUCUUGUAUACCGAUAACGAGAUCAACCAUUCCGCUACUACGACUAGUGUUCUUGAAAAGAGCCACUGGAAUUCACACUGGGAAUUUUCUGAGAAUUUUGACUGCAUGACCCAGCUAACCAGUUCCAGUGCGCUUUCAGUUCUACCGGGUGAUCCUGUAAGUAUAACCACACCAAUCAGCAGAGUCUGUGAGGAGACAAACAGAGUUACAAAGAUAAACACAGCAGAAGAGGCACCAAUGCCAGCUCCUGAAGCUAUUGAUUCCUCCUCUUCUUCUUCUUACAAAGAGGACUCAGCCAAUACCAACUCUGAUUAUUUACCUGCUCGUCCAGCUGCAGUAGUAGGUGGUAGCAGCAGUGAUGAAAAGAGGAGAAAGAAGAAGGGGGUGAUAAGAAAGGUGGUUUAUCCAUUUGCAUUGGUGAAGCCGGGCGGAGUAGAAGGGGACAUUACCUUAAACGACAUCAACGAGAGGAUCCUAAUGCCGCCAACAAGGCCAGUACGACAUCCAGUCGGGGACUUUGCGUGUCGGCCAUGCGUGUCUGCUGAUGGCCCUGGCCUUUCUGGCAAAGCUGUGGUGGCCCUUACCAGAAUUCACACUCAGGGCAGAGGCACCAUCACUAUUAUCAGAACCAAAGGUUAAAAAUCAACCUCAUCAGCCAGCCAGCUAGCUAGCUACGCAUGCACCUUGCUAUAACAUAUAUGCUUCAGUGUUCGAUGAUCCAUCUCUCAUCUUUAAUUCUUCAUUAGCUAGUUAAUUAAAUAUCUUCUCUCUUGAAUUGUAUAGAACAGAAACCUAAGUGAAUGUGUAACAUGUGUUAUGGGUUGUUACUUUUACACAUAGUGAAUUGAUUAAGAACUAUUAUUAUUAUUAUUAU